GUUCACCUCUAACACAACAUAGCUAGCCACGCUUUACGGAGAAAAAAGAUUGAAAUUGAAACUAUACUGUGUUUAAAAACGUAAAAUUGGAUAAAUAAAUUCGGCCAGCAUUUUUGCAUUUCUGCAGACCCACAAGCCGUGCAAAAAAAAUCCAACAUGGCCGAGGACUUCGAUGUGGAAGAAAUGCUCGAGGCACCGUACAAUAAAAACAAUGCCGUCAUUGCGAGUAGCGGAGGGCGGCGUGCUCGAAGUAGCAGCAGUGAUAGCCAUGCCGACGAUGAUGACCGCUACAAUCCGGCCGAAGCCUACCGCGAGGAGCAACGUGGAGUUCGAGCAGCAACCAAUGGCAGCAAGUCGCGCACCAAGCGUUCAAGAAGCCGUUCCGGUUCCCGCGAUCCAAAAUCAAGACGCUCUAAAGAUCGUGAGCGCGAACGUGGUUCUGAUAGAGAUCGUAGCACACGUGACAAGGACAAAGAAAAAGAGCGCAUAGUAGAGCGUGAGAGAGAACGUCGUCGAGAUGGAGGCAGCGAUAAUAAGCGUAGUGAUCGUGACAAGUCACGACGCAGUCGUUCGCGUGACGAUCGUGGCGUUAGGGAGGAACGAGAUCGACGGGGCGGUAGCAAAUCAAUUCAGCAUGGGGAAAGAAGACGUAGCCGCUCACGCGACAAACGCCGGGACGGCAGCAAAUCAAUUCAGUAUGUAGAACGAAAGCGCAGUCGCUCACGCGAGAAAAGACGCCAACACAGUCCCGGACGUGAACGCCGUCGCAGCAACUCGCGCUCAAAGGACGGAAACAAUCGCCGUCGAAAUAGCUACUCGCCACGUCCCUACCGACGUGGACGUACACCACCAAAUGGUCUAGGCGGUCGUACACCGCCCACCGAACUGAGUCCCGAAGAACGGGAUGCGCGCACUGUCUUCUGCAUACAAUUGUCGCAACGAGUACGCGCCCGUGAUCUUGAGGAGUUCUUUUCCAGCGUGGGCAAGGUGCGGGACGUGCGUCUGAUUACGUGCAACAAGACGAAGCGCUUUAAGGGCAUCGCCUACAUCGAAUUUGAAGAUCCUGAGUCAGUGGCCCUGGCUUUGGGGUUGUCGGGGCAACGACUUCUUGGCGUCCCCAUUAUGGUUCAGCACACACAGGCGGAAAAGAAUCGUUUGCAGAAUGCUGCGCCCACAUUUACGCCCAAGAACCACACAGGACCUAUGCGACUAUAUGUGGGAUCUUUGCACUUCAACAUCACUGAGGAAAUGCUGCGUGGCAUAUUCGAGCCGUUCGGCAAAAUUGAUGUUAUACAAUUGAUAAUGGACAACGAGACGGGACGAUCUAAAGGCUAUGGUUUUAUAACGUAUCACAAUGCGGACGAUGCCAAGAAGGCAUUGGAGCAGUUGAAUGGCUUCGAGUUAGCCGGACGUCCAAUGAAGGUGGGAAAUGUAACGGAACGCCUUGAUAUGAACACCACAUCGUUGGACACCGAUGAAAUGGAUCGUAGUGGCAUUGAUCUUGGCGCCACUGGUCGAUUGCAACUAAUGUUCAAGUUGGCCGAAGGUGCUGGACUGGCUGUGCCACAGGCUGCGGCGAAUGCGCUUCUGGCCACGGCUCCACAACCAGCCCCAGUACAACAACAACAACAAGCACCAUCCAUAGCAACACAAUGUUUUAUACUGUCUAACAUGUUUGAUCCGCGCACCGAAACAAAUCCCACAUGGGACACAGAGAUACGCGACGAUGUGCUGGAGGAGUGCGCCAAGCACGGCGGUGUGCUGCACAUACAUGUCGAUAAGGUUUCGCCCACAGGUACUGUCUAUGUCAAGUGUCCGAGUACUGCGACUGCGGUGCUGGCGGUGAAUGCGUUGCAUGGACGCUGGUUUGCCGGCCGUGUGAUUACCGCGGCCUAUGUGCCGGUGCUCAAUUAUCACUCGAUGUUCUCUGAAGCAAUCGGCGCUGUCAAUUUAAUAACUUCAACGCGCAAAAAUACCGACGAUUGAUUCGGCAUUCAUUGUGACGAUUAUAAUGAUAAUGAUGUAUUGUUACUAUUCUUUAUAUUUUUGAUCAUAAUUUACAAUUUA